UGAAGCAAUCAGCCACCGAAGGACAUAACCGUCAUUUUCUACAAACAAAUUUCGACAGCAUUCAUUCAUUACGUUACAACAUCUGUUACUUUUCUUUCUUCAAUCUAUGCAAGCUUUUACAAAGGGUACAACCGUCAUUUAGUUUGGAAACACCGUUUUCAUCCCUUCCAUCCCAUUUAACGCAUUGUCGAAGAACAGGAAUCAAAGCGCAGACAUGGGACUACUUUCCAAUAGAGUAACUAGAGAGAGCCUGAAAGCAGGAGAUCACAUCUAUUCAUGGAGGACUGCCUAUAUAUAUGCUCAUCACGGCAUUUAUAUUGGCGAUGACAAAGUCAUCCACUUCACUAGACGUGGACAAGAAGUAGGAACCGGUACCGUGCUCGAUGUUCUCCUCGUCAGUUCAGGACCGGUCAAAUCUCAAGAACUUUGCCCAAAUUGCACAACAUCCGAAGAUGGGCAUGGCGUGGUUGUCUCAUGCCUGAACUGCUUUCUAGCUGGUGGAGUCUUGUAUAAGUUCGAGUAUGCCGUCUCUCCAGCUCUCUUCCUUGCAAAAGCACGAGGUGGAACAUGUACUCUUGCAGUCUCUGAUGAAGAUGAGAUCGUAGUUCAUCGAGCUAAAUAUUUACUCGAAAACGGCUUUGGCUGCUAUAACUUAUUCAAGAAAAACUGUGAAGACUUCGCCAUCUAUUGCAAAACUGGGCACCUAGUUGUUGAUGAAGGAACAAUCGGGCGGAGUGGUCAAGCAAUUUCCACCAUAGGUGGAUCUCUUGCCGCUGUUCUGUCCUCGCCUCUUCGUUUCGUGACUACAAACGUUUAUGGAAUAGCUGUAACGGCCGUUGGUGUUUAUUGUGUGAGUAGGUAUGCUGCAGACAUUGGAAUGAGAAGCGAUGUCGUGAAAAUACAAGUGGAAGAUUUGACAAGAAGUUUGGCUGUUGGGUUGUUGCGGGUUAUUGAACCACAAAUUUCGAUGAAUCUUGCACCUCAAUCUACUCAGAUUGUUAGUCAAUGAUCAGAUACUGCUUUGUUUGAACAUGUUUUGCUAUGAAUUUCACAAGUAUAUGUGGCAGUGAUAUGUGUUUUUAUAACCAUCAUGGUGUGUAAUUUAUAAUUUAAUUGAAAUGUUUUAUGGUAUUGUGGAUUUCUAUGAAUUGUUUAUGGUAUUGUGGAUGUCUAUGAGUGAUGAGUAAGGUAUCAUUUGGUCAAUUGAUCAUGUUUGUAAUUUAUAAAAACUGUUAUUGUCGAAAAAAAAAUUAUAAAAACUGUUAGCUAUGGCA